AUGGAGGUGGUGCUGGCGGACACGCUGCUGUCCCGCUGCGGGGACCGCGCCGCGCUGCUGCGGGCGGUGUGCGCGCCGCUCUCCGCCGAGCGGGCGGAGGCGCUGCGCCUGCUGCUGCAGCGCCUGGCCGCGGGCGGGCCGCCGCCGCCGGGCGAGGCGGAGGCGCUGCGGCGGGCGGCCUGGGAGGUGGCGCUGGAGCGGUGCCGGCCGCUGCUGCGCGGCGGGGACGGGGCAGCGGGGUGCGGGGAGCGGCUGCGGGCGGCGCGGGCGGCGCGGGGCGCGCUGCGGCACUGCGUGCAGCUGUGCGGGGCGCCGCUGGCCGACAGGCUCGCCCGCGACGCGCUGGCCGAGCUGGCGGCGGGCGGCGGGGCGGGCGCGGAGGAGGCGGCGGUGGAGGCGCUGGUGGCGGCGGCGCCGCGGCUAGAGGAGCCGGAGCUGGUGGCGCGGUGCGUGGCGGCGGCGCUGGCGCUGGUGCGGGAGGAGGGCGAGGGCGAGGCGGCGGCGACGCUGGUAGCCGGGCGGCUGCUGCCGGCGCUGGGCGCGAACGGCGCGGCGCUGCCCCGCGUCUGGGAGGGGCUGCUGGGCGAGGGCGGGACGCCGCGGGCCGGGCGGGCGCUGCUGGCGCUGAGCGCCUUGGCGGACGCGCUGCUGCCGAGGGGUCCGCCCGGGCCGGGGCCGGGGCUGGACGCGCGGCUGUGCCCGCGGUUCUGGCGGGUGGUGCAGGAGGGCCUGACGGAGCGGGACGGGCUGUGCCGCAAGCGGGCCCGCUACCUGCUGAAGCGAGCGCUGGACCUGAGCAGCGGCCAGCGCGCCGAGCUGCGCUGCCCCCCGGACGGCGGACACGAGCCGAGUCUGUUUUGGUGGUCUGCUGAGAAGAAUGAGCAACUCCUGCAGUUUUGGGAAACUUAUAUUUUGAUAAUGGAAACUUUGGAAGGAAACCAGAUCCAUGUCAUAAAGCCAGUAUUACCAAAACUAAACAGUUUAUAUGAGCAUGCCAUAUCACAGGACAAAGGUUGUUGGCUGUUUCACCCAUCGUGGCACAUGUGCGUUUAUAAACGAAUGUUUGAGAGUGAGAAUAAAACACUGACAAAGGAAGGCAUUCUUCAUUUUCUGGAGCUUUAUGAAACAAAGCAUCUUCCAAAUUCACUUGGUUUCUUGGAGUUUGUUAUUGGACCAUUAAUGGAUGCCCUGUCAGAAAGUUCCCUCUACAGCAGGACACCGAGUCAGUUAAUAGGAGCCUGUCCUCCUUUGGGAAUGAGGCUACAGAAGUUUUUGGCUACUUAUUUCAUGCUUCUUCCAGAAGAAGAAAAAGGUAGCUUCUUGUUAAAAUUUAUUCAGAAGAUGACAAGUAGGCAUUGGUGUGCUGUUCCCAUUUUGUUUCUUUCUAUGGCUCUGGCAUCUAUCCCUGCAUGUAAAGUACUUGGCGUUGAAGGACUUCAUGCUUUAAGAAAUGUCCUCCAAUGUACUAUGAUUACACAUCAGAUUUUGUUGCGUGGAGCUGCUCAGUGCUAUCUUCUUCAAACAACUAUGCAUUUGACAGAUGAGGAGAAAGUGUCUCUCCCAGAAGUUGCAAGCUUUCUUCUGUCCCUUAGACCAGAGGAGUCCCUAAGGAGGGAUACUUUGUUAUGGACAGAGCUUUGCAGUUGGUUGCAAGUGAAUGACACAUGCUUCAGAAAGUCUGUAACUUCUGAUUUUGAACAUCAAGAGACGUCAUCAUUAUGUCAAUAUGUACGCAGUCUCGUGGAAAAGUACUUUAAAACACCACCAUCUGAAAGAGAAAGUUGCUUUAUGCCUGACUGGUUUGAAGCUAAACUUGUUGCAACCAUGAUUCUGUUGGCUGCUGAUGUGGAGCAGAUGAAGAAUAAAUACAGUGGAAAAACCAACAUAGAAUGGAUUGAACUAGAGGCUUUCUUGAACCCUCUUCUGGAUGUCUUGAUGAAACUUGGCAGUAAUGCUUACAUACCAACUCUGAAAACAGAUAAAAGCCUACAGCUUCUCUUGAAGUUAUUGCAGACCCGUUCGUUAAAAUGUUCCAAUACGCAAGAUGAUAGGGUAUUGAUUUUCAUCUGGAAAUCUCUCCUGACACCUGUGGAGAGUAUUCUUGAAUUUAUUCUCCGACGUCUUACUACAGAUGAGCUAAGCACUGUUGGCGACCUGGAUCGUUGUGAUCUGUACUUAGCUUUAAUUCCAGAGAUAGUGCGUUUGUGCUUGGAAGUCGACUGGAAGAAAAUGACACCUAUCAAGAAUUUCAUUUCAUCCCUGACAAAUGCAUCUAUUUGUAAUCUUCAGGAGAGAAAUUCCGAAAAGGAGCCGAAGGUUAAAGAACAAAUUAAAAAAGUAGCUAGCAUGGCUUCACUUACAGCAGUAUGUGAGAUAAUGGAUCAGAAGCUGGAAGCACACCUGGAAUCCCUGCCUUCUGUGGAUGCUCUGAAGAAAUUUAUUUUCUUUUCUCAAUUCAAUGAAGUAUUAAAGAAACCAUCUUAUAUUGAAGAAAAAAGUGGCUUAUGUGAAGAAACAACAUCUCAAGGAUGGGGAAAAAUUGUUGCACGCUAUCUUCGUGACCAGUGGAUUUGCCUUCGUUUCAUUUUAAAUUCAUUUCCAACACUGGCUCAAGGGUGUGAAGAAACUUCAGGAAUGUCAUUAUCUACAGAAAGGUCCAAAAAAAUUCUCCAGUCUGCACUAGAAGCCCUAACUAUUCUUCCUUCAGACCAAGUUUUACCUGUGUUUGACUGCAUGAAAGUCCUUGUUCCAAAGCUUCUGGACUCAUCAGAGUCUCUCUGCAUAGAAGCAUUUGAUUUGGCUUGGAAAAUUAUAUCCUCUUUGAGCAAUACACAGCUAAUAUUUUGGUCCAAUCUAAAAGCUUUUGUUCAGUUCAUCUUUGAUGUCGAGGUCCUCGCUGUUGCUGCAAUUGCAAAGGGUCAAGUGUAUGCUAAAAUAAAAGAGAUAAUUUUCAAGCUCAUAGAUCUGUCCACUACAAAGACUGGAGUCUUCAAUGUAGUCCUUAGUCAUUGUUGUCAAUCUUGGAUGUUUCCUAGUGUUGAUGAGAGAAGUGCCUUGAAAAAUGCUUUCUUAAAUGCUGGAAAUUAUUGUGAGCUUAUCACUGAGGCUUGUGUCUUUGGAACUGUAUUUAGGAAAGAUCAGAGACUUAUUCAGGAUGUGCAUGCCUUCGUAGAAAAUCUUGGAGAAAAAUGUGCAGCAAACAUUGUUACAGAAAGUACAAAUCGAGAUGAUCACUACGUUCGUGUUUGUGCUAUUAAAUUUCUGUGCUUGUUGGAUGGAUCAAAUAUGUUGCAUAAGACGUUUAUGGAAGACAUUUUCAUCAAACUACUUGAUAAAGAUGAAGUGGUAUCCAGAUCUAGAACACGCUAUUAUGCAAACUCCUUACAGCAUAGAAUUAAAAACCGCAUAUGGCAGACGCUCUUAGUUCUUCUUCCAAAGCUUAACCAGAAUUUUUUGUGUGGAACCCUUGACAAAGUUUUUCAGGCUGGAUUCAGUAAUAAUCAGGCAUCUGUGAAAUACUUGAUAGAAUGGAUUGUUAUCUUGAGUCUACAUAAAUACCCCCAAUUCCUGAAUAAAUUCUGGGAUUGCUUUUGCUAUGAUGAAGAAAAGCUUAAAACAAGCAUCUGCACAUUUUUAUCAGUGUUAUCUCACUUUGACAUCAUUCUUCAAAAUACCUCAGAGAAGAGGCCAGCUUUGAAGAAAGCUCUCGUAGUUGUUCUACAGUGGUGUUUCAACCAUAAUUUCAGUGUUCGACUUUAUGCAUUAGUUGCCCUUAAAAAAAUCUGGGGUAUGUGCAGAAUGCUGCGUGUAGAAGAAUUUGAAGCUCUGACACCAGUUAUUGAAUCUAGCCUUCAGCAAGUGGAAAACAUGCAUGGCACAGGGAAUGCUAGAAGGAACUGGCAGCGAAUUCAGGAUCACUUCUUCUUUGCAACAUUUCAUCCACUUGAGGAUUACAGUCUAGAGACGAUAUUUUACACUCUUCCCCGCCUUGCGGAACUUGCUGAAGAUGAAUGGAUCCCACUCUCUAAAUUUGACAGAUUCACUGACAUUCCCUUGCCACCAGCAUUUCAGUGGUAUCAUUCUCGAACGGAACUUCGUGAUCUGAAACCAAGUGACUGGUCUCAGCAAGACAUGGGUUCACAUUCAGCUGAAACAGAUAGCCAGACAGAAUGGACUGAUGUUCAGAAAAAAAUUAUACCCUGGAAAAACAGUACUCCUAGUUUAGACUUGGAAAUGGCAUUUCAGGAUCGUGCUGCUAAACUCGGUAAAUCAAACAGCAGAUUGAUCGUGGUGGCUUCACUUAUUGAUAAACCUACCAACUUAGGAGGUUUAUGUCGUACAAGUGAAAUAUUUGGGGCAUCUGCAUUAGUUGUCGGCAGUCUUCAUUACAUACAGGAUAAGCAGUUCCAGCAUCUUAGUGUUUCUGCAGAGCAGUGGCUCCCCCUGGUUGAGGUGAAACCGUGUCAGCUUGUUGAUUAUUUACAGCAGAAGAAAACAGAGGGCUACACUAUUAUUGGUGUGGAGCAGACAGCUAAAAGUUAUGAUCUUACAGAAUAUUGCUUCCCAGAGAAGUCACUAUUAUUGCUGGGAAAUGAACAUGAAGGAAUCCCAGCAAACCUGAUUCACCAUCUGGAUGUCUGUGUGGAAAUUCCUCAGCAGGGUAUUAUUCGAUCACUCAAUGUUCACGUAAGUGGAGCUCUGCUGAUCUGGGAGUACACAAGGCAACAAGUGAUCAAGCAAAAACAACAAAAAUAACUGCCAAGAAUCUCGUGCCUUAUAGUACAGCUGGGUGGCUUCCCAUGGUGCUACGACAUGAAAUUCAGAAUAGAUGAGAUACAAACUCAGGGUGAAUGAGGAUUCUUAACUUUUGCAUGUUUUGUUCUCUGUAGUUUUCAGGGUGACUUUUAAAUGCCUUAAUACUUUACCUCCUUAAAUUGUUGCAUUGGAAAUAAAUACUAUUUAUAUUGCA